AUGAAACCACUGGUAAAGUUAUGUGAAGAAACAAAUCAAUUAGUGAAAGAAAUAUUGCAACAGAUAACAGAACAAACACGUUUAAUCAAUGAAUCGAUUAAUGGUCCACGUGAAUUACAAAAAUUGAUUGAAAAAUUAUCUCAUAUUCUCCAUUUACAAGCUAAAGUAUUGCAAACACAGCAAACGAAUGAUGAUGAAGAUAUCGUAAUGACAUUAAAUGGAAUCAAUUUGGAUCACAUCGAACGUGGUUCUUCAUUGAAUGCAACAGCUAGAUCUGUAGUUCGUGCUGCCUACGGUGAAAAAGCAUCUUUCAAAGAUUUGGCUGAUGGUGAAUUUGAUCUUCUUUUGAGUAAGAUUAAUGAAGAAAUUCAAUGAUCAUUUUAGUAUUUCAAAUCUAUAUUUUUAGGUUUUAUUGCUCGAAUUCAUCGAAUGAGUGUUGCAUCUGUCUUUGCAGACAGUCAAUCAAUUAAGAACUCGUUACAACAAAUGAAACACGACGUCAACAAGAAAAGAUCGUCGAGUAAGUCAUCCAUUACAGUAUCAAAACGAGCAACUUCGG